AUGUUCUUCCUAAAAAUUGGCGUUUUCUUAUACUUGAAAUUGUCUCUUUACGAGUUUGUUUUUUCACACGAAAGCCGAAAUCACGUGCAUUACUCGUUCAAAGAAUUGCAGGACGCUGUUAAUGGCGAUUCCUUGAAGUCAGAUGAUCUACAGAGGCUAUUUGACAAGCUGCAUUUCUUGAACUGCACUGCAAACAAACCGAGUCCGGAUUACCGAAGGGUAAGAUAAGUGUUGUUGGCACAAAUAGCCCAAAAAGAUGAAAAUUUUACACUAAAACUUAAAAGUCUUAAAGUUAACUUAGUACGGUAAAAGUUUCUAGUGAAAAAUAUAUAUCUCUGAAAACUAAUUACGACGAUUUUUAAUGAGAAAGAGAAAAAUGAAAAAGUAAAACUAAGCUCAAAUUACGAUGAGAUUAUGGGAUUACUGAAUUCUUUUACCCGUAAGACCGAUCGAUCUUCGAAGCUACCCUUUCUCAAUGUCUUCGACCACGCGGUUUUUCAUUAUUUGCAUUCACUUUCACGCUUUGUUCUUUUAGUGUUUCAGCCCUAUAGAAUUGCACGAUAUUCAUGGAUCCUCACCGUCAAAAGCCUUAAACUCCUCGGAGUUUGUAGAGAUCAGUCCUUCGAUUGUUUACUGCCUUUUGCCAGGGCGUGAAAAGAAUUCUGGUCAACAACGUUGCGAUUCUCCCAGGAACCACAGCGAACUUUUCGACUCGUUUACAAGGAAUUUCAGUCAUGGCGAACACGGGAUCACUCACGAAGCUCUCGAUGAAAUUCUCGAGGAAAUAAACAAGACGAUCGGGGACUUUUUAACUGAAAAGAAGGUAGGUGAAAUUUAAGGAUAAAAGCAGUCUUGGGGUUUUAAAAAAAGGUCGAUUUGCUCCCUCUCAAUCAAUUCCCUUUCAAAAUAAACUUUUUAUUAAGGUGGCCCUAACCUAUUUGUAUGCGUGUUGGUUAUAUAUGUGUGUUUUUCAGAAUGAAAGAUUCAACCGAUUUCUAUGAUUUUUGGCCUACCAAAUAAAUAAUGAUGGAACUUUAAGAAAAUGUUAUUUGUUUUCUUGUAGGUAUAAAAAAACCUUUGAGAUACGGCAUAUAUUGAAACCACAUUUUUACUAACAAUGUAAAUAGCUUCGAAAUCCCUCGACAGAUUUUUCCCUAACUUCAGCAAAUAAGCAUUAGAGCUCUCUACUUUUACAUCACUUGCCAUCACAUUCGUACGGGAAGUUUACCUUGCUUAUAUGUUCCAUCACUGAUAUUAUCUGAGAUUUUAUUCCUCUCUUUACUGCUGCCAAUUAUUUCAACAUGACGGUGUCCAAGAAAGCUCUUGCCACUUUGGACACUGUACACAAAUGAACUUAAUGUCUUUUAGUAAUUAUUAUUUGUCAGCUUCUUUUUUUCCUACCUACGUAUACUUAUGUAAAUAUCUUAUACAGUGUGAAAUAAAGAAUUGAAUUGAAUUGAAUUGAAUUGGGAAUAAAGAUGAAGACAAAUUUGACAAUCAUCUUAUUCUUCACAUUAUCGCCAACAGCCAACUGCCCGUGCGAAUGUGAUGGUAAGUCUUAAAAGCGCGAAUAAAUUACCAAAUGCAAGGGUUUCAAUGCAGCUGAAAAAAUGGAUGGUUAGAAGUACUGGAGUUGGUAGCCUUAUUUCUCUUCAAAACAGGAACCUGCGACACUUGACAGUUUUUCGUAGAAGCGAUAUUUUGCUUUCAUUGUUAAGAUUUGUUUCCAAAAGAGAGGGACAAAUACAAAUUAAGUUUGAUGAAUAGAAGUUCUUCAAUAUCACCGCGCACUCAGCUUAAAAUUGUUCUUCUUAAAUUGCUAACUGUAUUCGCCGUAAGUUUCUGAUUACUCUGUUUCUUGCAAUAAAGCUUAAGGUAGGAAUAUCCUUUCAGGUAGGAGAUAGUCUGUUGGUAGUCUUCCUCUGUUUGUCCGUCAACUUUCACAAACGUGUUAGCGUAGCAUUGUAAGGUUAAAUUUGACCAGCAUUUUGUGUAGCAAGUUCUACGGUCACGAUUGCCUUCAAACUUGCAGAUGUAAAACUAGAGAGCUCUGAGUCGAGGCUUAUUUGCUGAAUCAUGGGAUUUCGAAGUUAUUUACAUUUUUCUUAAAAAUGCGGUUUUAAAUGUAUGCCGAUAUCUCAACAGUUUUUAUACCUACAGGAAAAUAAAUAACAUUUUCGUAAAGUUCUGUUAUUGUUUAUGAUUUAAGGAUGCCAAAAAUCAUAGAAAUCGGUUGAAUCUUUCAUUCUGAAAAAUGCAAAUGAAAAACGUAACCAACAUGCAUAUAAAUAGGUUUGGGCCACCUUAAGCUUAUAUUAUCCUGUGAGCAAAGGUUUCUUUCUGGCAUGGCUUUUAACAUUUACGAAGCCGUUUAACCAACUAUGCGACUGACAAGCUACGUGAAAGACUUCAAAAAUGUUAAGAUUUUAAAGAUUUAUAGAUGUCAAGUUUAGCAUUUGGUAUAUGCUGGACUCAGAAAACGAAACCAUGUUUUGUGACACUCAGAAAGUUUUUCAGCUUCGUCUUUCCUCUUUCCUCUUUCCUACUGCCGGUCAUUUAGUGUUUCGAAAAUCUAAGUUAAUUAGUUUAGAAAAAAAAAUGAAAAUCAUUGUCUGAAGUUUAUGUUCUCCAUAAAAAAUGAAAAUGGGAAGUUUCAUGUCGUAGCUGUGCGACAAGGGGAAGGAAAUGUACAAUAAAGGUGAUGGUCAUGCAAAGUUGUUGUUUUACUGAUCCAAACCUAUUGCUUUUAUGCCAUUCUCGUUGCCGUCGCGGUCGUUGUUGCUUAAGCUCCCUAUUAAUAGACCUAAUAUACUGAUCUACAUUUUCAGUUAACCUUAUGGACACCAAAGGGACAGAGCCAAGUGUGUCUUAAUUAGAGAUGUGUCUAAGUUUAAGAAAAAUGAAUAUCUUGUUUCAAAGAUUAUAUGUAGGCCUUAAGAUAGGGAGAGUGGAGCUACAAGUUUGUAAACAAACUGAAGAAAACUUAGAUGUAAUUCAACAAGUACUCAUUAUCUGGGCAUUGCCAAAAUAGAGUUUUCGAGAUUGCUUGUUUUGAUUCAAAGUUGCAAUCGGCAUGCAAUACCAGUGAACAUAGACAGGCCAAGCGACGUGAAUAUUUGCCCUGUGAACGAUUUGUACAAGGUGUGCAGAAAGCAUGUUAGAAAGAAAGUUCUGGUAGGAGGGUACUUGAUCCCACUUUUAUGUUCUCAAAAACCUUGCAGCAAAGAAAAACAAUUCCCAACAGUACAUAUUCCCAACAUAUUGAAUAAACACUGAGUGAAGCAAACUAUUGAAUGAUUUGAAUUUCCCGCUGUAAAAUAAUAUUGUCCUUGAAGCAAAAGGUAUAAAUGUUUUUCCUCCAGACCAAAGGAACCAGUCAUUGCCCUUUUUCAUUGUACAGACUAUUCAUUGCUAGUAAGCACAUGUCCCCUUAGAGGAUGAUUUUUUGCUUGGAAAAGAUGACCUUAUUUAUCUUGAGCUUAUGGUAUUUUUUUAUCGCAUCUAGAAGCUUGGCAAUUUUUCAGAAAUUUGAGGUAAAUCUGUCAAAAAUGAGAAUUGACGGGCUUGGCUGAGAGCAACAGAGGAGAGCUAAUUAGUUCUAGGGGCGAAUAGAGUAGACGGAAAAGAAAUGCUUACCGUGCAACUACUUGAACCGGGGCACUUUAGAAGAAGAUUGUCCUGAAUCACUAUGAUUUUUGAAAACAAAAGAUUCCCAAGUUUUUUUGCAAACGAACCAAUAACAUUCAUGAAUAUGAGGGCUGUUUCCUGAGAUGUCAGGUAAGUUCAAAUGGUUUUAAAGUUUUCAGCGGUUGCAUACUAGGUGAAUCUUAAAUUUUAUUGGCCUGUUUGCAAAAUAACUUGAGAAUCCGUUGUUUUCAGAUAUCGUUAUGAUUGGAGAAUCUUCUUCUAAGUGCCCUUGUUUGACCAGUCACACUGUAACUGUUUCAUUGUGGGAACCACAAAACAAAUGGGGUAUUCUCUACAGCCUUACAUGUAUUUUUUUAAAAUACUAUAAUUUUAACAUUGCUAUCAGCAGCAUAUUAGGAAUGAAAUAUUAACACCUGCCAAAUCACCAAGUCUAAAUCUUCACAAUCAGCAAACUACUGAAUCACAAAGUCUAAAUGCUAUCAAAGAUCUAAUAUUCUUCUUUACUUUACCAGUGUUUUUCAGCAGAAGACAUUUUUAAAGAGAUAGAAGAGGGAGAGGAGGAAGGCCAUCAUCACGAGGAACGUGAACACAGCCAUGAAGAAGAAAAGGUUCUUAAUCAACAUGAUUUUGAGAAAGCCUGUGCCAGCAUUAUCCUGCACCUAGUUAAAGGAUACUGUAUCAAGGAAGGUCAUGGACACGACAAGACCAAACCUGAUCUACCAUCAAGAGAAUUUUUCAUCCAAGAACUUUUCGAUCACAAAAAGUACCUUUCUGAAGAAGACUUAGAAAACAUCGCUGAAAGUCUUGGUAUUGGAAAGAAAUCCUCUCAGUCAACAGCCUCAUCUUCAAGUGAAAGCCAUGAUGGGCAUAAUCACAGACGCCGAAGGUCUGCUCCAUCUGCUGUGUCAUCACAGGAGGAAUCAGCUGCAUCUCAUACCCUUCAUCGCCGCACACUUGAUUCUCAUGCACACACUAAUGGUGGAAGUAGUAGUGUAGGUGUUACUCUAACAUCAAGCCCCGUCCUUACCCCUAUACAGUGUAUUAGCUUAUUUACGCUUAGGGUGCAUUCCAUUGGUAUGAUCCGGAUCAGGAUCAGUUAUCUGAGAUCAGUCAGGUCAGAGCCCAUCAAAGGAACCCAUGAAUUCACCCCGGGAAAGGAUUCAUUGGUUCUUUUGAUCUUGAUCCAGAUCAUUCCAAAACAAUCUUAUUAAACUUCAUGAAUCCUAUUUAAACUUUAAGGUACCUUUAUAAAUUGAGUUUGAUCAAACUUGAUAGUCAUUCUUGAGACAAAGUCCUCCCCCUCCCCCCCCCCAAAAAAAACCCUUAAGACAGAUGGUUUUUGAGUCACUUAAAUCUUUCUCAAGUGAAUUUUUUAACUUUCUGAGUUCAAUGUGUUAUACAGUAAAGGAACUUCCAUGUUUACUGAGGGAUUUGUAUACUUGACUGAGUAAAAUACUUAGUAAGUUCUCACAGUAAUUAACGGUUAACAUGGCUAUUUUAAACGACACCCGCCUUUAUUACUUUAAAAACCAGCAAUAAUUCCCAGUUCUUUGAAAAGAACUUGAAACUAGUACACUGUACUGGUAUGACCUUUAGAUAAAUUUUUAGAUUGUGCUUUGUCUAUUAUAUCUAUACAUAACAGCCUUUUUAACUUGCUUUCAGCCUUAGCUUUUGUAAGAUUAAUUCAAUACAUGUAUUCCUGAGCAAUGAUCAAUUUCUUGUUUCCAAAGAAUAUUAAAAUUUAAUAUUUAAUGUUUUGUGUUUAGUGUUACUCAGUCGAUGAGAUGCUGACAGUUUUUGACAUUGAUCACUCCAUUGGGGCAGAUGAUUAUGACUUCAAACAGCUUUGCCCUGCUUUUGUUCAACAAGCCAAGAGCGGAGCUUGCAAACAGCAGUCAAACCAACCAAAAACAGAACCAGAAAAGGAUUUGGGAAAAAGUAAGUAUACACACGUACACAGGUAGAUGAGAUUUCAGUGAAGGGCAUUGAAUGGUUGCGAUUAGAUGCAAGUGUUGAUUUUGGCUGGAAGCCGAGAUUUCUCAUUAAUUAUAAGUGCUAUUUUGACUCAUAGUUGAAAUGUUACAAAGGAAAAAAUAAUGAGAUACUGCAAGUUGGAUAUCGCAAGUCAGGUUGUGGAAAUUGUAGUGUUUUACCACUAUUUUGAAACUGUACUGUUGUCCAGAUUAUGUUACACUGACCAACUGUGGUGUUCUGACUUAUCUUCUAAUAUUGGGAUUUUGUUCUCUGUUUAAUAGUAUCUAUCCAACAAAAAUCAAUAGGUAAACUCAUGAUCUUUUUGGUUUUGUUUCUUAUCUCCAGUCUGGGGUUAUGGCAUUGUGGCUGUGACUAUAAUCAGCCUUACAUCUGUAGCUGGCGUGGCAACUAUUCCAUUUCUAGGAAAGAAGAUGUACAAGAAGAUCAUGGCAAUGUUGGUAGCUCUUGGUGUCGGAACCCUUGCUGGAGACAGCUUACUUCAUCUGUUACCUCAUGUAAGCCUUAACAUUCCUGUUUAUAAACACUGGUCCGGUCAAAUAUCUUUUACCUUGCUAGUUGGCACUGUCCAAUAGGCUUCAAGCAUUAAAGUGCAUAGUCUGUGCAAAUUGUUUGCAUGUUUCAGGUGUGACUGUGUUAACAUGAGUCUGCGUAAAUGUAGAACCAUACUGUUCAAAAGUUUUUUCCUACUCCUGAUCAGAUCAAAACCUUGCACACUUAUAAAGGCCAUUAAAAAACUUAUGUGGUUCUGUAGGUCCCAUGUAGAAUGAAAGGCCAGAUCUGUGCAAGAUUUUUUGUUCCUUAAAAAAUUUCUCCAGACCUGUGUAAACAAAGUUUUGUUGUUAUAAAAGCUGCUCUGAAAACCUCUGAAUGUUUAAGUUUUUCCCUUCUAGUUAGCUUUUUGUUUAAACCCUGAAAGUGGUUUCUUGUAAUGAUAAAUUAAAUAAGUCAUUUUGUGGUCAGGCAUUUGGUCUCCACCAACAUGAAGAAACUGCUGAAGGUGACAGCCAUGCUGAUCAUUCAGAAGAGAAGGGAUUCAUUUGGAAGGCCUUGGUGGUGCUGCUUUCCAUUUAUGGAUAUUUCUUGUUUGAAACUUUGAUGCAUCUGUGUUUGAAGAACAAAUUUGGAGAUCAUGGUGGCCAUAGCCACAUUGAUGUUGAGGUCAGUAAUAAUAGUACAAUUUACUGUUUCAAACCUGAGGACUCUAAAAUUACAUGAGUAACAUGAUCCUAAGUUUUAAUAUAUCUUUUUAAUCAGUGCAACCAAAAGAAUGUUAUUUUUCCUUAGGAGGGGGGCAUUGGGGUAUCUUAGAAACCACAAAACCGAAGGAAAAAAUCAUCCAAAACCGCAAAACCGCAAAAAAAUUCGGCCAAAACCAAAAACCGCAUACAAAACCGUCGAAAACCAAUACAAUGGUGACAAGUGGGGCAUACAGAGCAAACUAAACUAACACUAAUUUCACCAAAGUAUUUGUGAAUGUCAUGGACUUUGUCUGAAGCCUUCGUAUCUUUUUGUGUCUGCUUAAAUCAAUUAUGCUUUGUUUCUGCCGCUCUCUCGAGCCCAGACUUUGCGGCUCAAUUUCCAAAAAGCCGCUAGUUAUGGAGCCUAGUUAACUUAGGAGAAUUUGCACACAAGUCCUCUUUAGAAUUGCAAUUUUGCAGUCGCAAAAAGCUAUAGCUCUGGAAACUUCAAUUGAAAAUCUCUAAUCGAACAUUUCCAUUUGAUAACUAAUUCCUGAAAGUUUGGACUAUUAGGACUAUUAGGGACAUUAAGUCUUCGUAAACGAGCUUUAUGUAUGGAUAAACUAUAGUGAUUAAGCUAUUUUAAUGUAAAUAUAAUGACAUUUUAAUGAUUGUCGAUUGACUUACCAAACACUAUUCUUAAGCUUCUGAGGGCUUCUCUCUUCCCUUUUCACUUUACAUCUAAACUUGUUUUUCUUUCGAAAAUUCUCGCCGCCUUUCCCCUCCUCGUAAAAAAACGUAACACAAUCCACAAUUGCUUCUUCCAUUGCUGGCGUGGGAGGCACGUUGGAAGCCAUAGCUCGCAAACUGACCAAAUGGUCGCCCUGGUCUGCGAGGUCGAAGUCUCGCCGGGCGUCAAGGGAGACGCUUGAUCCCCUACCAUGACAUUUAUUUUGUCACGCAUUCCUCUAAAUUACUUUGGCAUUUCGCGGCUAUUCAAGAUCAAGUGCUGCUCAAAUCGAACAGAAACCGGAACCCAAAAUAGGACAAAAUAGGAAAAACCAAAAACCACAUCGGGUACCAAAACCGAAAAAACGCUAGUAUUUUUCAUGAAAACCAAAAACCAGAUGCUAAAAAAUGAAAAAUCCGCAAACCGCAAUGACCACCAAAACCGAAAAACCGAAGUCUUUAGCAACAAAAACCGAAAAACCGAUCUAAAAAAUAGCCAAAACCGCAAAACCGAAAAUCCCAGUGCCCCCCUCCCUUAGGUACAUGUAAGUAAUGCAAAAUUAAUAAAGAGGGCUCAUUUCAAUGAUCAUGCCAUUGGAUUACAUAGUCAAACUCAAAAUCCAAACCACUGUAUAUGAUGCUUAGUGUAAUAAACAGUACCACAACAAAGUGCUUCUCAGCUCUCAGCUUUUAUUUGAACUAUCGCUGACUCUUUAGUUAUUUCAUCCUCAGACAUCAACAACCAUUUUAUUCCACAUAGUUUAGAUACAGCAGUAAUUACACACUCAGUUAAUAAUAGACCUGUAUAAGAAAUCUGAAAAAACUUUCCCACUGCUAAUAGCAUAAAAGGCUAAUCGGGGCGGGGGAAAGAUGAAAACAAACUUAAGGUGAUAAAAUAAGACAAAACUGAUUACAGAAAACUGAGAUAACAAUACAAUAAGGUCAAAUAAGGAAAUUAAAUGGAAAAAUUUAAUUCCAAAAAUUCAAAGAUAAAUGAAUAAAUGAAAUAAAAAUAAUUAUUGUGCCUUCCAAGGCUAAGAUAAAUUGCUAAAGUAAUUGAGCAAGUGAGAGACUUCAAUAUAGUCACUGACUCAAGCUCUAAAGUUCAAAGAAGUAUUUGUUGAAUUUUGUUUCGGAACUUGGAUUUAACUUUAAAGUUGAUAUUAAAACUACUGAAAAAUUAAUGCUUUUGCAAACAAGUCCAACAUCGUUUCUGUUACAUCAUUAACCAUUAUUUGGAAACCAAGAUUACAGACCAUGCAUUUUAAUCUAAUUAUACAUGUGCAGGUACAGUGUUAUUGUGCCAUUCGCCACCUGAGAAACGAGGAGACUGGGCCAAAUUAGCUUUUGCAAAGACCUCUGGGAUCACACUAUUCAGCUAUCGGCUAGACUGCGAACAAGCUCUUAAGGGCGCUCUGGCGGCAGGGCGGGAAAAGAAGGGAGAGCUAGCAACUGUGUAUCUGGAAUUUGAAUAUCUGCAUCGAAAAAGUCGAUGGGAAAUGUUGAGUGGUGGAGAUGACAUUAGUAAUAAUGUCAUUACCCUUGGCACGUGUUUUUCAUUGUUUGUUUACAUUCGCACUCACUUACGCUUCACGCUGAUUGGUGGAAAUCUGACAGCUCAGUCGACAAGGAGCCACAGGGGAAUUGGAGGUGGAAUUCAAAUUCCAGAGACUGAGUUGCAAGCUCUCUUUCCUUUUCCUGCCCCUCAGAGACCUUGCUGGUAGGCUAGCUGUUGGCCAAUUUUUCCCCAUCCCCAGUAACGAUUCCAGAACUUGGCCUAGUCCCCCUCUUGUUUCUAAAGUGACAAAUGGCUAUUUAGUGAUACAGAACACAGACCAACAUGGUGGCCUGGAUGUUUGAUUAUUUUCAAACACACAACAAAAUGCCUAAGUAAUUAAGAAAGUGCUGCUUUCCUUUAUAUUCAUUUCUGGUGUCAAUUGUUAUAGCUUAAUGUAAGCUCCAUUUUUUGUACAGCUUCCUGGACCUUCAAGUCGGCACAUGACCUUUAAAAAUAAAAGGAAAUGUUCCAGGCUGGAGCAUCAUGAAGGAGAUCAUCCACUUGGUAGAAGUGAUGAAAAUCUUCCCAUGGAAAUUGGUGACAUUGUCUUAACCAACAGGGUGAGUGUGACGAUAUUGCUUUGUUUUAGCAUCCAACCAGAUUUUAGCAUUUACAUGUGCAAACUCAGGCUUACUUUUGUUAUGGUUUGAUGUAAUGGCCACUCAUGAGCUCACUAUGUUCUGAUAUUUAAAUAAGUUGAGGUUUAAGAAUGUGAGCCAAUUCUUUACAUGGUGACAGAAGUGGGAAAGAAAAAGUGUAGAAGUGUAGAAUACAAAUCAUGCGUUUAUUUAAUUGGAGGAUAUAUUAAUAAUAAAUUUAAUAAUACAUUAAUUGAUCCACCAACCAUGAUCAAGGUUCAUGAUACACCAAUCACUAAUAACCACGCUGAGCAAAAUGAUAGUCCCACUCAAUAAAUCAACACUACUGUCUGAUGAAACCCUGUACUUGAUCAAAACGCCACAAUCAAUAUCAAAGUGACCAUUGUGAGACAAACAGUAAGUAAAUACCUUUAUAAUAAAAGUAAUCAUAAAGGUUGUACAUCUCUACUUUAGCAAUAACAGUGGCUUUUAUAAGGUGUUGUUUUGGUUUUUCAAAUCCUGUUACUGAAAGUAUACAUGAUUUUAUAUAUUAUCUUUUUUACAUGUAUAUGUGGUUUGAUACUCCAGUUCUCUUGGUGAAAAUUAAGGAUCAUUAAAGAAGUCAAACUGCCAAUUUGUUUUAAACUUUAUAGUUCCAGUACCACCGGGCUGUCAGAAAAAUAUUAAUCUUCCAGCUCAAGGGGUUAAUAAUGUUCUUAUAAUUUUUUUGGUCAAUAAUCUGGCCCAUAAAUCUGAAUUAGACAUAAAAAGUUUGAUGCAGUGGCGUAAAGAAUGUGACACUCUAAAUUGACUGAAUCUUUUGACUUAAUGAAGUACGUGUUUAAAAACAAUUUUUUAUUUAAAAUUUCUGUAAUAUCCAGCUUGAUAUACAUGUAUAUUAGAUUAAUAAACCAUUAAAAAAAAUUUAUAGCUAAAGUUCUGUCCGUGUUUUUUUUAAAUGUUGCCGUUGUAUGCAGUGAUAUCAGACAAUGACAUAAAAUUUGUAUUUUUAAGUUUAUGUUAUAACGUUGGUCUUCUGUCACAAAAGUAUGGUUCCAUAAAGAAUUUUAGUAGCAGCAGCACUACAAGUCCUUCUUGUACAUUACAUUCCCAUUGUGUUUAUGAACAUGUAUCUGGUACAGAUAUUGAUGAUGGUGAAUAUGAGGUUAAUGUUAAGAACAAUAAUACUGAUAUUAAUUUAAAUGUCAUUAUUAAAAACGUGUCAUAAACGUGUAAUUGGCAUUUAAGCAUCAAUAAACUGAUCAUGAAAUAAUCAAAGAUCAACAGACGUAACUUAUGAACAUCAGUUUUCUUCAAGUCAUUCAUGUUUUAUUGGCCAGUUGCUUAUCAGCUCUGAACAAUUAAUUCUCCCAUGUCUGUGUGAAAGAUUACAUGUAGUCUAUCUGUGAUAUUCAAGUGAACAAUUUUCAGCAAGCCGUUAAUUUCCUUUAGUUUCUACAAUACUAGAUGCAACACUAAAUGGUAGCAAACAAGCAAAUUCUCAAUAAUUAUUUGAAAUUCAUCAACGUACACCAACGAAGAAUGAUUAAAAAGUGUAUCUGUGCAGGAAACAGAUCUAGACAUUGUUAAUGACUUUGAAACAUGUGUAUCAUGUGAAAUUAUGUAAUGAUGAGUCACUUGAACAACCCACUACUAACACACCAGACAGACCUGGAGCACCAAGGCACAUAUUGAAGUUUUUGAUACUUUCUCUUUUAUUUGCAUCUGUGUUACAAUAACCAGCUUCAUAUCUCUAGCUCCAUAAAGAGCUCAAAGUUUUUUGGAGAAGGCAACAUUAUUCACAGCAGCAAAUCACAAAAAAGUGACCAGAACUGAAAGAGCCAUUUUUCUAUUUUCUUUGUUUUCAUUUAAAAUUUCUACAUUCUGAACUGAGAAUUUGUGAUAUUCUAAGAAAGCAAAUUUCUUAAUCUUGAGCAGGAUAUCAAAGAUGGUUUUAAAGAUCCCAAAGACAGAGUUCCUCAAGGUCAACAAAAUACAACAGAUAACCGCAAGAGAAGCCUUAAACACAGCUUAUCACGCCGCUCCGUUUUCAGCGAUGAUGUAGAAAGAGGCAAGGCAUCAUUGAAAACUAUUUCCACUGUGGCAUGGAUGAUAAUCAUUGGAGAUACUCUCCAUAACAUCGGUGAUGGAUUGGCCAUUGGUGCCACUUUUGCCAAAGGUGGUAGCUCGGGUGUUUCUGGUGGAAUCAGUACUUCUAUUGCUGUGUUUUGUCACGAGCUGCCUCAUGAACUUGGUAAAUAAUAUCAUCUUGAUGAUUUUUAAAUUUACAUUGUAAGUAUCCCUCUAUUGGUUGCAGAUGCUGCAUGAUGCGCCAAAUAAGCUCAGCUGGAUGAAGUUUAAUAAGGGGCAGGCCCAGAUUUAAAAUGCGGCAGGACCACAAAGGGUCCGUAAAAACCUGGUCUGAUAGUGGCAGCCAGUGUUGCAUCUCUAUUUGCAUCUGAGCUAACUACAAACAAAUGAUGUAUUUAGCAGACAUGUAUUGUUGGUUACUAAUCUGUAACAUUUAUUAUUUAAAUUUAUCUAUUUAUUUAUUUAAUAUUUAUGUUAAAGAUACACAGUGUGCAAAGGGAGUAGAUUGAAUAGCCUGUGGCUAGUGCACUUUUCUAUCGGGCUAGUGAAUUCUGUUCUUAACUUGCCUGAUGGGCAAGAGAAGAUUUUUGGGGAAUUCAAAUUGUUACAGAAGAACUGUAAUCAAUCCUGCCUGUCAAAAUUUGUUUUCAGGCCAGUUGAAAUGACUUUUGGGUUAUUACAUGCUAGCUAUAAGUAAACUGACUUUCUGUUCACCCUGAUACAUCAUCUGAAUGUUGCAUAGGAUUAUUAUAGAAUUGGCCAGAGCUGAAGGCGAAGCUCCCAUUUAUGCAUUUUAAAUUUACUUCAGGCAAUGGAAUUUUAGACCAUUGCAAAGAAAUCCACAAAUCUAUGCUUAGCUUUAGGGGAGAACCAUAUAACUGAAAAACAAACUUUAGCCUUCUGUCAAUUAAAAGCUACCAACUGGUCAGCGGAAAACUUCAAAAAGGCACUUAACCUCAGUGAGUUGGCACCUGAGCCCGUGAUACGGUCAUGUGGCUCUGGUUAGCGGAUACCCUGUUUUGACAGCUGUCAAUUGACCAUAAUAUGGAUGUCUGUUAUCGCGUUAAAUACAGGUUACAGGCAUUUCACAUUGGUUUUCCUGUGGUGCGGACGGACGUACGGUCACGUGAUGACCAAAAUUUCUUAGCUGGAUAGAUUACUAAAUUUUCUUAGGUAUGGGUCUCUGCUCACGCGUGCGUGGAGCUCCGCAGAAAAGACCACUGGUUUCAUGUGGUUUGGUAUUGAUCAUGACAUUAUAAUAGACAGCUUUAUUCAGGGCUAAAAGCGAAGCUCUGGUUAAUAAUACUUGUAAACACAAAAAAAAAUUAAAUCGUGUAAUCCUAAACGGGGAGGGCAAUGAAAAUGGCAUCAAGAUCGAUAGAUCUAAUUAGCAAAAAAACAAAUUGCACUUGCAGCACACUUUUUUUUCUAAUUAGCAAAAAAGCAAAUUUGCAGGUGCAGCACGCUUUUUGUCUUUCUUUGCCGUUGUUUUGCACAACUACAACGUUGUUUUGUAAGACUAAAACGUCAAACUUCCUUGAUACACAUUAUUUUUAUGGAGAAAUUGUCGUAUGUGCUUACCCAAUGGUUUGUCUCCUGUGUUCAUGUUCGCUUUUAUUUUUCACUGCCGCUCAUUUUCGGUUUGCUGGCCGGUAGCAUUUCUCAUUGUCUCACAGCCGCUUUGAAUUUUCAUGUUUUUCUUCCUACAAAAUUCAUCUCUUUUGUUUUCAAUCACUCGCUCUAGCUCUUUCUCUGUUAUCCACGUGAGUGUUAUGCCUGUGGUGCGGACGGACGGUCGGUCGGUGUACGGUCACGUGAUUACCAAAUUUUCUCGGAUGGGUAGUUUAUCACAUUUUUUUCCCAUGGUGUUCCGCUGCGCGCUUCGCGCGCGAGAGCAACGCUAUAAAUUGAUAAAGGAAGGCAUUUGUUCUGUAGCAGUAUUUUACAUUGCAGGAAGUAGUGUUAUUAUCACAAAAUUGUAUUAAUAAAACUUAAGUCAAUUUUCUUUUCUUUCUCUUGUGUCACAGGGGACUUUGCAGUUUUACUGACAGCUGGCAUGACAGUCAAGAUGGCAUUGUUAGCCAACUUGCUUUCUGCCUUGUCUUGUUAUAUCGGCUUAGCAAUUGGUAUUUACGUUGGUCAAGAGGAUGAUGUGCGUUUCUGGAUAUUUGCUUUGGCUGCUGGAAUAUUCCUUUAUGUCGCAUUGGUGGACAUGGUACGAGUUUUGAUAGUGAGGUCACUUUAAUAGACCUUAUUCACGAUACCCAUUGUGCGCAUUAGAUUAUAUUCAAGUGCUAUUUUGUGCCAUAUUAUUAUAAAUAACAAAUUAUUAUUAUUAUUACCACAGGUAGCCCAAGCUCACUAUGAGAGCCGUGAACAACAUUAUCCUACUUUGCUAAUUAAUUAUUCAUACAGCAAGAAAAUUAUAAGACGUUGUAUGGAGAAAUAUUCUUUGCUCGCUAAAUUAGCAAAAUGUACAUUGAAUAUCGCUUUGUAGCUUACCUUUAGCGUAUUCUUGUUUUUCUUUGUAUUCUGACUGCAUUUCAGACCUCCUAAGCACUGUUUAAGGCCUUUUUUGGAGCGACAGUUUUUCACCCAGAUGACAGUCGAGAGAAGAGAAGACUUCGUUGGCGAUUUAGGACCUUCGAAAUGGGAAUUUUGGCGAUGUGAAUGAUGGAAAAUGUGCGUUAUUUAUCAGGACAUCUGUUUCUGGCGGAAUUGUCUCCAUGUCGCAAGUGUCACGGAAUUUAUCGCCUCCGAGAGCGGAGCCGGUCAAGAGAGGUUUGCCAACCUUCUCUUCUCUUCUCUCGACUGUCAUCUGGGUGAAAAACUGUCGCUCCAAAAAAGGCCUUAAACAGUGCCUAGGAGGUCUGAAAUGCAGUCAGAAUACAAAGAAAAACAAGAAUACGCUAAAGGUAAGCUACAAAGCGAUAUUCAAUGUACAUUUUGCUAAUUUAGUGAGCAAAGAAUAUUUCUCCAUACAACGUCUUAUAAUUUUCUUGCUGUAUGAAUAAUUCAUUAGCAAAGUAGGAUAAUGUUGUUCACGGCUCUCAUAGUGAGCUUGGGCUACCUGUGUUAUUACCCGCCAUCUUUGCAUGCGCUUAAGGACUGAUGGGAUAAAAGCGAUGUCACGUGGUUUCUCAGGGGACAAACAAGUGAUAAUUUUUUCCAGUGCUCGAAAUCGCGGUCGCGUUUGUUUAUUCUUGACAACAGAAAAUGAACAACUUUUUAUAUUAAAGACGAUAAUGGCAAAUUAUGGGUGGAAGUGAACAUUUUCACUUUUUCGGAUGCAGUAGCGACCGUAGAUGUCCUCACAGCAAGCAAUAGUGACGUUAAUUUUGUCGAAACUCAAAUCGUACAUUUUGCCUAACUAUUAAACCGUCAUCUCGUUUUGAGAGAAUAAAUAAAGUCGACCGGGAUUACUCGCAUUGACACAUUUAAGCCCCUGAAAUACCACGUGACAUUGCUUUUAUCCCAUCAAUCCUAAGGGGCGAGCAAAGAUGGCGGGUAACGUAAAUAAUGUCUUUUGUGGAAAGUCUGUUAUGGCUGUUCAUUUCCCAAUGGACAACUUAGGAUGAAAGAACGUUAUGAGUAGACUACAAAGCAGUCCGUAUUUUUGCGUUUGUAUGUACGUGAAGUCAAACAAAAGGUCUGGAGCAAGGCUGAAAACGGAGAGCGAGACCGGAAAGAGACGUUAAAAAUACGUUUUUGUUUUCUCUCGCAUCACACGGGCGUGUGAGGCACUUGAACUACGCUGAACCGAUUUUGAGAAAAAAAAAACGACUGUUUUGCAGUCUACGUUAUGGGGUUCCUCAGCUAUUAGAGACCUUAAGAUCGAGGGUUUUCAGCAUAUCUCGCGAAAAGGAAGCGUCAAGAAGUCACGUGACUAGUGCCUUGCCGGCAGGUUUGCGGUUUGAAGUUUACGUUUGUACGGCUAGAUCACGCUCAAGAAGUAAAUGAGUUACCACAGGGUUUUUUUGCACUCCAAAACAUCACAAUCUGAGUUUGAGAGAAAAUACUCCUUUUUAGAACUCUUUCUCUAAUUAAUUAUUGAACUAUUUUUCAUAGAAAAGUAACUUUGAAGACGAUUUCUCAGCUAUAAUAAAAGUGUACGAAGGAAUAAAAACAAACAUGACAGCCGCAAGCUACCACCCGCGAAUCUUGUUUCCUAAAUAUGGGCAGACAGAUAUCAUGAAACCAAUAACCGCAAACCGCGGUUUGUCGUUUGUGGUCUCCAUUAAACAAUUUAUUAUUGGAUGAGGUUUCAAUGACAUCCGGAAUAGUGAAGUUCUCGGUAAGGUUAUCGUCCGUGGUUAUCAUACAAGUCACGUGAAACAACUUUUUGUGACAUACCCUGCAGCUGUUCUUGGGCCAGUAGGUAGUUUUCCAUUGAAAUCCCCUCAACUUGGCAGUGGUUCGCAGGGGUAGUUCUCUCUCAUCACUUUGCCAUGGAUACCUCCUUGCCGUAGCCCCGAAUUCCUAAUCCCAACAAAUUGUAAGGGGAAUGAGUACAAGCUUUCGCGCAAUGAUUUCUAAGAUCCUUUGGAUGGCAAAGUAUUGCAUAUGAUUGGUUAAAGGCUGCUUUGAAUACCAUCGAGCAAUCAUAACUAACCCUUUUCUAUCCUAACGACAUCAGAAAUCACUGUGCCCAAAGCUUGUACCCAUUCUCCCUAGGUUUUCUUAAGUGGUUUAUGGCACUCAGCGACUUCUGAAGCCGUUUUUCACAGCUCAUCUUCGGCGAUGACAUUAAUUGAUAAUUUUUAUGUUUUUUUUUUUUUUAACACAGCUUCCUGACCUGAUGCACAGCGAAACUCUUCAAGCAGAACCUGUCGCUACGUUCUUGUUACAGAACUUGGGUUUGGUCCUUGGAUUCGCCAUUAUGUUGAUAAUUGCGUUCUAUGAAGAGGACUUAAUGGCGAUUAAGUUCUAGCACAACUUACAUAAUAUGUGUUAGUGUUAGUGAGUGGAGGCACGUUCAGACGAAAAGGGAAGGGAACUAGCAGCAAGAUCGC